UUGGAGCGGAGCAGCGCCGUUGCGAUGUCUGGCCGCGGGAAGCAGGGCGGGAAGGCGCGGGCCAAGGCCAAGUCGCGCUCGUCGCGGGCCGGCCUCCAGUUCCCCGUGGGCCGCGUGCACCGGCUGCUGCGCAAGGGCAACUACGCGGAGCGGGUGGGCGCCGGCGCCCCCGUGUACCUGGCGGCCGUGCUGGAGUACCUGACGGCCGAGAUCCUGGAGCUGGCGGGCAACGCGGCGCGCGACAACAAGAAGACGCGCAUCAUCCCGCGCCACCUGCAGCUGGCCAUCCGCAACGACGAGGAGCUCAACAAGCUGCUGGGCAAGGUGACGAUCGCGCAGGGCGGCGUGCUGCCCAACAUCCAGGCGGUGCUGCUGCCCAAGAAGACCGACAGCCACAAGGCUAAGGCCAAGUGAGCCCAGAGCACACACGUGAAGUCUUCCCUAGAAAAACCCAAAGGCUCUUUUCAGAGCCACCAACUAUAUCACGAAAGAGCUAAAUAACUUUCAUAUUUUUGUGAUUACAGCUUUAAUGAUUACUGUUAAAGUAAAAAUGUUUUGUUUUUAAUUUAGUUCGUUAUAAAUUUGUAGGGUUGCCAAGAACA